UAUGGUUUCUGAUGCUCGGAGCAAUGGCUUGGACAAUUCACGCCAUUCACUGCGAAAAACCUGUCCCCACAUGCACCUUCAUGUACGAAGAUGGAUGCCCCGCAAUCAACGAAACAACUUGCAAUGCAUCAGGAGGUUCUUACCUGAAUGGUGGGAUACAGGAGCGCUGCAACCUCACUCUCGUAACUAAAGAGAACAUGUUAAAGACAGUGCUGUGCCAACCACCGUUAGUGUGCACCAGGGUAUCGGAUGGCAUUUGUGUGGAACCUCAAAACUGUUCUUCACCCACAAACGAUGCACAUCAUGUUCACCAGACGAUACACAUAUGGACUCUUACAAUAUCCCUCAUUUUCAAAACCAAGACGUCCUUCGCAAAG